AGCGAUUAUAAUGCAGCACGGCAUGUUUAUACGAUUACGUUGCCAUAUUCUCCGCGUUUUUAAACGUAUAAUGGUUGGAAAUAUAUAUAAUCGUGCUUCUCCUAGUUCUACUAGAAACAUUGAAUUUUUUGUAUCCGUUGUUUGCUUGUUAAUUAAAGUAUAAUUACUAUAGUGUUAAAUCCACGACGAUGGCGGAACGAGGAGCACAUCUGACCACAGCAGCUGCAGCAGCAGGUGAAGGCAGGCCCUCUAUUUUUGAAGUUUUAGCUCAGGACUCUUUGAUGAGUGCUGUUAAACCUGCCCUUCAACACGCCGUUAAAGUCCUCGCUGAAUCCAACCCAGCUCGUUAUGGAGUCCUCUGGAGGAAGUUUGACGAGAUCUAUGCUGUCCUCGACCUUCUGCUGCAGCACCACUUCCUGCUGCGCACCAGCGCCUCCUUUUCAGAGAACUUCUACGGGCUAAAGCGCAUGGGCCCGGAUGAAAGUAGACGUGCACAUCACGGCCUCGGCCGCAGGCGACAUCUGCGCUCUCUGCUUCUCCUAGUGCUCCUUCCUUACCUCCGAACCAAACUGGAGAAGGUGCUGUCUCGUCAGAGAGAUGAGGACGACUUCUCGAUACGGAUGCCCCGGUCCCUCACUGAGAAGAUGUACAGAGCCUUCUUGGCUGCAUAUCCUUAUGUCUGUAUGGCGUGGGACGGCUGGAGUUUUUGCCAUCAGUUGCUAUACAUUUUUGGCAACGCACGCACUCAUUCACCCCUGCUAUGGCUGGCGGGAGUCAAACUGUCCCAUCUGACGGCUCAGGACAUUCACAGCUUGGAUCUCAAGCCAGCAGGGCAAGCACUGAGCUCUAGCCCAAGCUUUGGAGGACGGCUGCAGCGCGUCUUUUCCAUGGUGGUUGGCAGCAUAGCCGUAUCCCUCUCCACCGGUCUCUCCAUGGGAGUGUUUUUCCUGCAGUUUUUGGAGUGGUGGUACUCGUCAGAGAACCAGACCACUAUGAAGUCUCUCACCUCUCUCCCUACACCUCCACCCCCACUUCACCUGGAGGACCAGGAUACUGUGCUGACGCACAGGAAACUGUGCCCGCUUUGCAGGAAAGCACGCGGUAAUGACACAGCCCUGGCCACCUCAGGCUACGUUUUCUGUUACCGCUGCAUUUAUACGUACGUGAAGACUAACCACAGGUGUCCGCUAACAGGAUACCCGUCUGAACUACAGCACUUAAUUAAGAUCUAUUCUCCAGAAGCGUAGCUUAAACUGAUCAUGUGACCACGCAUGCUGGGAAAUUGACUUUUUUUUUUUAGCUAGUCAGAUCAUUUGACUCAACUUGCCAAAUGGCUCAUUGCCAUAUUUUAUAUAAAUCAGACAUUUGUGAUAUUAUAACCAGUGCUUGUCUUACUUUGACUAAUUAUAGCUGAAAUUGUUUAGUGAAAUACCUUUGUAUUAACUUUACAUAUGCAGUUUUUAACCUAAAUCAGAAAGAUACUACACAUGUGCACUGACAAAACGGCAAGUAUCCCUGCAUUUUGCAGUGUGUCUGUCCAUUAUGAUGUGUCCAUUUGUAACGAUAACUGAUCCACUUACCAUAAUACACUCGCCUCACACGAGGGAGUCAACUCAAAGAAGAGCCGACUCAAAGAGUCGACUCAUUCACGAACGACACAUCACGUGUUUGAAGCGUUUGGUGCGCUUUUCCAAUGUAAAAUGCAUUUUCUGCACAUUUUAAUGCUUUAAAAAAAUACAGUGUUUUUUUUUUUAAUGAAGUACUUAGAUUUAAAGAAAAAUGCUGAGAUUUGGCAGUUAGUAUAUCCGUGUUUUACAAAUUGUAUAUGCAGUGCACUGGAAUUGUUUUGUUCACAUCACUAUAUGAGGAAUUACAACAGAAAAAUUGGAUGACCCGCUUCAGAGGAGAGGGAGAGAGAGAAAAUCCAUAUUUCUUCCUUUACACAAAAUGAGUGCGUGAACACUUUCAAAUGGUAACGAAAUGCUUCACAUGACCAUGUAGCAUGCUACAUUCAAGUUGUUCUCAUUAUGAAGAAAUGACUAAAUCUGGAUGGAUGCCAUCACAGGAAGUUAAAUGGGACACUCAAAUGGGUCUGAGGCUCUGGAGUGGUUGGCUGCAUUUCAAUUUGGUAUUCACCCCCCUUAUGAUUUAAAAAAAAAAAAAAAAAAAAAAUAGUUGUGGUCAAAGAGGUGAGUUUCAUAUGUAUCUAUUGCAUGCAAUAGAAAAUAGAUCAAAUAAAAAUAGCUAAUUUUUGCAAGAAUUGCACCUCCUGCUUCUACCCAACUAAGGCUUUACCAAAGAAAUUUUUUAAAUCACUUACAUUUUGAUAAAGUGUCAGAAAAACUGUUAACCACUACUUUAAGGCAUUUCAAAGCUUAUAAUUUCCCCAAUUAGUCACAGUUUCCUUUGUUUUGUUUUUUAAUGUCCCCAACUUUGUUCCUGUAAGCAUCCACAA